CCAUUUUUCAGCCGGCAAGGCUCAGUUUCCGUCCGAACCCAUGGCGAGGUGGCGGCUGGUACUGACAGUGGCGCUGUUGGCGGCCGCGGGGUGGCGGGCGGACGCCCUAUCGGUGAAGGUCACCGGCACCGGCACCGAGUGCGUCCACGAGCUGGCGCCCUACGAGGGCGACAGCGUGCUGGGGUAUUUCGUCGCUCAUCGCGACAUCGACCUCACGGUAACUUCACCAGGUGGUAACACUAUACAUACGUCGAAGGGAAAAUCUAGUGAUAACAUUGAGUUUAAAGCUCCAAGUGGUGGAAUUUACAAGUUUUGUUUCCAUAAUCCAUGUGGAGCACCUGAAACUGUUUCUUUCUACAUUCACAUUGGGCGCAUACCUAAUGUGCACAAUCUGGCAAAAUAUGGUCAUAAUCUGGUUCUCCUAGAAGCCCUGGAGGAGGAAGCCAUGAGGAAGAGGUUCAAGGAGUGGAUGGACAGGUAUCAUCGCAAGUACAAGGACGAAGAGGAGAAGGCGCAACGCUACGAGCUAUUCAAGAAGUGCGCCGAGAAAGUUGACAAGCUUAACGCGUUGCCUGAUGGAGUUACCUAUGGCACAAAUCACUUCUGCGACCGUUCGGAAGAAGAGAUGCAGCCCUAUUUCACAGGGGAAUUGGAUGUUGAGGAAUGACUUCAUGAUUCGGAUCAUGAAGAGUGCUAGUUAGAGUAUGCGUGCAUACAUUUUCGUGUACGGAACAUAUAUAGAUAUAAGAAAUAUCUCUACCCCUAUAGUGUAUCAGUUUUACCACCUCCGCUCCAGUUUUUUGCGCCAGAGAUAGAUGAAAUCAAUUCCAGCCAUCGAUUUCUUCAUUGUA